GUGGCAACUUCUCCUCUGCACAUGGUGUCCCCAUCAGCUGGGACAUAUGCCUGCACGCAAAACCCUAUGCCAGAAGUCAACCGUGUGUCCCACCCUUAGCCAAUCCGCCCACCAAGGCUACCAGGGUGCUACAACCCUUGUGUACCCAGUGUCUGACAAUAACCCUAAUACCAAGCUCAACGCCCGACACAAGCCAACAGCAUAACUAGUUUAUCACAGCCAGCUCAGAGCACAAGCCACGCAACACUGUCAGCUACAACGCAACCCGGCAGUCAACCAGUCAACCUUAUCAACUGCAACUACCCGUGGGCGAACAAAACCGCAGCAGCAGGUACGGACCACCCAGGACCUCCUCGACUAGCCGCAUAAUUCUCCAUCGGCUGAUGCAGAACAAUGCAAAUAAAGCUUCCAACUAACUUCCAACAGUGCACAAUGCAUAUCCAGAAGCUAUAGUUCAACCAUCUGUCUCUGCUAUCCUGCACUGCCACCUGCCUCUACUAGCCAGCACUGUCGCAAAUUGCAACUAGUUCCACUGCACUGUACAAGUGGCCUGCAAGGACACUCACUCUUCAAGAAUUCCUGGUAUCAUCGUGAGUCAGAAAUGCCUGUCUGAUUCCUACUCCCUGUGACAAUAUUCGUCUAAGAGCCCCGUUCAUGCAUAUGCUCCUGGGGCUUUAUAGCUAUUCUUAGUUGUAGGACUGGUUCUUAUGUAGAACACAGCUCAUCAUCAUCACGGUAUUUUCCUAGGUGUGUAAUUGUCUGUGAUGUGUCACCAAUGCGGCACAACGCUACAGUAACUAGUUACUCUGUAUUGCUAUCCUGUGUUAGAUUCACGAAGCCCGAGGUAUCUACGAUGUGUGGUGCGUGCACUUUUUUAGACAAGUAUCACUUCAAUGACUUUACUUCCCAAUCUGUGAUGUUGCCUGCUCUCUUUCCUUCUCUCUUGCCACCCUGCCUCAGUCAGUAAAUCUAGAUCGGCUAAAGAAGCCAGAAACCUUGUCCGCCGUUCAGACAUGUCGCCUGGCCACUGUACCAACAGCAUGCUGACUAGGCGGCCGCUGUACAGCCUACAAUACGGGCUAUGUGUGCUCUCGCUCCCUGUAUCACUGUGAAUUAAUGUUAUUACUAGUAUUAUUUACUGCGUGACAUUCACCACCAUUUCGCUCUGUUUAUAAUAAUUAUACCCUCUGGUAAUUAUUAUUAUUUUUAGUUCACCUAACCUGUCACCAAUCCAGUUGCAAGUGUUUUGGCGAUGACGGUGGCUUGUGA